UCCCCACACUUCCUCUUCUGUCACAAAAUACAGAUACAUACUUUACACUUUCAGUGUUCAUGACACAACGCUCAGCCACCCCUGGUCCCUUUGACUACUCUAUGAUCCACCAAAUAACAGCAGAUUGACAUGGACAAACAUUUGCAAGGAGGGAAAGCAUUUGGAUUCCUCAAGUCUCAGCAGGAUGUGAAACUGAACUCCAUCAAUGAGGUUUUUCUCACAGAUCCUAAAUAUGCAGAGGAGGAGGACCUCAGCUCAAAACUGGACAUGUUUAAAAACAAAUACAUGGAAUUUGAUCUCAAUGACCAAGGAGACAUUGACAUGAUGGGGCUGAAGCGCAUGUUGGAGAAGCUGGGUGUGGCAAAGACUCACUUGGAGCUGAAAAAGAUGAUGUCAGAUGUGGUUGGCGGUGCUGCACGAGACACGUUCUGUUACACAGACUUUGUCAAUAUGAUGCUAGGGAAGAGGAAUUCCAUACUCCGACUGAUCUUGAUGUUUGAGGAGAAAGGGAAAGACCAGGAGCCCAAAGAGAGUGGACCACCGCAACGCAAGACUUUUUCAGAUCUGCCCUGAAUGCAAUUACAUUAUGGAUCCAAUCUGUUCAUAUAAAAACUGAAUGUCAAAUGAACUGGGUUAUACAGGUUUCAUUGUAAGGAAUAAAGAAAGGUUUGAUUGA